CUUCCCUAGUUCUCCGAAACUCUCUUUCUUUUCUCUCACAGUUUCACUCCAAUUGGAUCUUGCUUCACAUUACAACACUUCCUCUUCUUUUCAAUUUUUCUGAUUUUCUUUGUAUCAAAGAAUUUCUUUGAGAGAAAAAAAAAAGAAGAUGGAGCCAAGAGAGGCACAAGGUCCGGCAGCAGCGGCGGGAGGAUUACACGUACAACAACCGCAACAGAUGGUAAUGGGACCUACAUCUUCGUACCCUUCGAACGCCGCCUUGAUCAGCCCUAAUCCAACGGCUACCAUCCCUCCUUCUCCCACUCCGCGUUUUCCUUUCAACUCCUUGGCUUCGCCGCCGUCACAACAUCAGCAUCAUCAACUUCAGCACCAACCCAAGCCUUUGGAUUCGUUAAACUCCGUUGGUUUUGAUGGAUCGUCGCAGUUACGGUACAACACCGAGCCGGACAUGAAGAAGAAACGAGGCAGGCCAAGAAAAUAUGCUCCUGAUGGUAACAUUGCUCUUCUACAAUUGGCACCCACCACCCCAAUUGCUUCUAACUCCACGAGUCACGGUGGUGGUGAUUCUGUCGGUUUGGGGUGUAGUAAUGGCGGUGCUGCUGCAUCAGAACCGCCUGCUAAAAGGAACCGUGGAAGGCCAGCAGGUUCCGGAAAAAGACAGAUUAAUGCAUUAGGUGGAGUUGGAGGGGUGGGAUUUACUCCUCAUGUAAUCACGGUGAAAGCCGGCGAGGACAUAGCAUCAAAGAUUAUAGCUUUUUCACGGCAAGGACCACGCACAGUCUGUAUUCUCUCUGCAAAUGGUGCCAUCUGUAAUGUUACACUCCGCCAACCCGCGAUGUCUGGUGGUACAGUGACAUAUGAGGGUCGAUUUGAAAUUAUUUCUCUAUCAGGUUCCUUCUUGCUUUCUGAAAAUAAUGGUAGUCACAGCAGGAGUGGUGGUUUAAGUGUCUCCUUGGCUGGGACUGAUGGUCGAGUAUUAGGUGGUGGAGUUGCAGGGAUGCUACAGGCGGCAUCACCAGUUCAGGUCAUUGUUGGCAGCUUUAUUGCGGAUGGGAAAAAACAGAACUCAGAUGUUUCCAAAACUGGGCCUUCUUCCAUACUAACACCCAAUAUGCUGAAGUUUGGAACUCCAGGGACGACAGGUAGCCCUCCUUCGCAAGGUGGCUUAAGCGAGUCUUCUGAAGAGAAUGGGGGCAGCCCCCUUAAUCGAGGGUCUGGUUUCUACAGUAAUUCUGCCCCAUCUAUUCAUAAUAACAAUAUGCAAAUGUACCCACUUUGGACUGGCCACACUCCACAAUGAAGAUGCUUCUGAAUUAACAUUAGAGCACCUUGGGCAUCAACUUGGUGAUUGUUCUCGCAUAACAGUUAGCUGUCAAAUUCCAAAUGCUAACAUGCAUUAAGGAAUAGAAAGGGUAGAAAAUCGUUUUUCUUUUAGAUCAAGUUUUUUGUUGUUUCUUCUUGAGUAGUUUUCAAGUUUCCUUCACCUCAUUGAAAAAUGUCCGCUGUUGAUAGCUGAGAACAUUCCACCUAUUUAUUAGAAUCUUAAAUUUAGUUGUUCGAGUGUUGUUUCUUUAGCGGUUGCUGUUGUUAGGUUUCAGAUGUAAAACUCGUUUUAAGGAUAUGAAUAUCGUAGGGGUCCUCGAUAGUUUGGAGGGGGGUUUGUACCUUCCUCGUUCUACUAUCAGGAGCACAGGCAAACCGAUAGGCGAAUUCAGAGCAGUAUGUCUUGCAGGCCAAGCAUCUUUUAAUUUUCCAUUCAUAUCUCAGUGAUAUCCCUGAUGGAAAACUCAUCAUAUCUGAAUUCUGAUCAGGACUUUCUGAACAUAAAUUACUACCUGUGAGAGAGGUGUCAACACCACCACCACCAUUUCGUGUAACGUAUUGCUUGCGGGUUGGUUUUUAAUGACAGAUGUAGGUUGUCGAACAGCCAGUUGAUUUGAAAGUCGUUUUAACGUGUCUCGGUUGUUGCAUCCUCUUUCUCUAACGUGCUAAGUUGAUGAUAGGAAAAUUGCGUAGUCCCCACUUUACUGCUUAAAUCACUUAAAUCAUAUGUACUGGACCGUGUCCAACUGCAACUGAAAACUCAGUCCCAGUAAAAUUACAGCUCGUGAAAAAUCUAAUGUCUCUUUCUAAUAUUUAGAACUUACCCUUUGAUUUGGAUUUGGAGGUGAAUGGUUAGGGGAUAAUUCUAUCAUAAACAAAUUUUAUGCGUGUAAAAACAAAGAUGAGUACAAUUAUGUAAGUUAGGUAUAGGUGGAAAGGUUCCAAAAAUCCCAACCUUCUAUGAUUCUAUA